CCUUGAUGAGUUUCAAGAGGAGCGCCUUCACGUGUUUGCAAGUGGCCGACCUCGCCAGUCAUCUGCCAUCUUUUCCAGUCUGGCCUAUUUGCUCAUGAACGAGUUUCGCCUUCCCUGGGUGGUCAACGGCGUCUUUCCUUUUUCUCUCACUCCCUGUGAGUUGGUUCCUCGGCCUCGAUAUCCUUCCAGCAACAGUGAUGAAGCCUCGACGGCUUUUCAUAGCUGUAAAAAGUUUUUCAGGGGAAGCCAAGGCAGGCGGGGAGGUGAAGGUCUCUAAAGGCAGCCUCCUGCGCCAAGAAGAUGUCCACAAGACCUCCUCUGAGGGGUGUUUCUGGGCCAAGGUCUUGGACACCGAAAAAGUGGUCCGAGUCUCUUCUUCAGCCGUCCAGGAGUUGACUGGCACCCAUGCUGGCCUUUUGGAGGCGGUGACCAACGGAGAUGAGCGCCUGGGACUUUUCAGUCAGGAACGGCUGAUGCGAAGGCUGAGUUCCCUCCAGAGAGGGGACCCGGUCCGAGUCCAAAUCACUUCAUCCUCCGGGCAGAAAGUUCAGGGCAUCAUCCGAUACCGGGGGCCCAUUGAAAAAAACAAGCGUGAUACAAGCGUCAUCUUCGGCGUAGAGCUGGUGGGUUCAGCCGCUGGGAAAGGUUUCACUGACGGCUCCUUCAAAGGUCAGAAGUUCUUCUCUUGUCAAGAGAACUGUGGGGUCUUUGUGCCUGCCAACCGUAUUGAGCCGGACGACUCAGUGGAGGGCAGCCCUCUAGCGCCUCGAAGGAGCAACGCCAGGGAAUGCACAAGGAUCCAGCUGGCCUCAGGAGACCCCUUGUCGUCUCCCGGGCUGGAAGUCGGGGACCGUGUUUUCUUCAAGAUGGAAGACAACACCCCUACUGGCACUGUGGUGUACUGCGACUACCUACCCAAGAAACUGGAGACUGGAGUGUUUGUAGGGAUACACCUGGACAGACCAGUUGGCUCCUGGGAUGGUUAUUUCAAAGAACGCAAGCUCUGCCAUAUCCCAGCACCAGAGUAUGGGAUUCUUCUGCCAAUUUCUAAAGUACAGAAAGAACAACCUGAAAAAAGCCCCGAGACUUUGGACAGCCAUUCCUCCCCACCCAACUCGGCCUUUUUCGAUUGCCCGUCCCCUUCAUCCAUCCGUUACCCACCCAGGUUGGAGGGGUGUUCACCCAAGGAACCUCCAUCCCUGCUCCCUUCCCUAGGUUUGGAGGCUCACAAGAAGCAAGAAGGUGGGAACCGUGAGGGGAAUGGAGAGCACAAUGAAGAAGACGAGAAGAAAGAGGAGGAACAAUAUGGCCACCAUCUCCUCGAGAUUAACUCCAUGGUGGAAGUUAACGAUCCCCCAAUCUAUGGGGUGAUUCGCUGGAUUGGGGAUCUGCCCGAUAUGGAUGAAACAGUUGCUGGUUUGGAACUGGAGGAGCCGCUAUCUUCAGGCUGCACGGAUGGACAAUAUAGAGGCAUCCACUACUUCCAUUGCCCACCAAACAAAGCCCUUUUUGUCCGGCUGCGUCACUGUCGGCCUGACUCACGUUUUAACGUGAUGCAGAAGCUAGAGAAUCCUGUUUUGCGGUGCAAUUCCCUGGAUUUCCAUAUGUAUGCCAGUGCAAAAGUGGAAGAGGACACUCCGCCUCCGCCAUUGGGUGAUCACGGCAUGGAGCAUCUCCUGGGAUGGAAGAAAGGGAUCCAAGGAUACUGCAACUCCUGUUAUCUGGAUGCCACACUUUUCUGCAUGUUCACUUUCUCCUCGGUGCUGGAUUCGAUGCUGCUCCGCCCAGCGGACAAGAAUGAUGGAGAGUCUUACACCGAGACGCGGGACCUGCUGAGGACGGAGAUUGUCAAUCCUUUGCGCAGGAAUGGCUAUGUCUGUGCUACCAAAGUCAUGGCUCUGCGGAAAGCUCUGGAAGCGGCUGGGCAUUCUUCAGGCUUCACAAGUGAAGAGAAAGACCCAGAAGAAUUUCUCACCCUGUUGUUCCGAGUCCUGAAAAUGGACCCGCUUUUCCAGAUUCGCUCGACCGGUAAGGAUCCCCAUGGCUGCAUUUUCUACCAGAUUUUCACCGAGGGGCACCCGACCCAGGCAGUGCCUAAUGUUCAACAGCUGCUGGAAGGGUCCCUUAUCACUGGGGACCUCAAGUUCACGGAGGCCCCCUCCUGCCUCAUCCUGCAGAUGCCACGGAAUGGAAAGAACUUCAAGGCCUUCCACACCAUCCAGCCCAGCCUGGAACUUGACCUCACUGAUCUUCUAGAAGAAACUCCUCGGGAGUGCUGUGUCUGCCAGGGGCUGGCCGUGAUGGAGUGUAAGGACUGCUAUGGGGACCACAGUUUUGGCUUUGGGCGCAUCAAACAGUUCUGCAGAGUCUGCAGCCAACAGGUUCACAAGCAUCGUGCCCGGCGCUGCCAUCGGCCACGCCCACUGCAUCUGCCUGAGGAGCUGUGCCAUUUGGGCACUCUGCCUGACAUCAUCCCCCGCCAGACCAUGCAACUUUUUGCUGUCCUCUGCAUCGAGACCAGCCACUAUGUAGGCUUUACCCGCCACGGUUCUGGUAUUCACCAGUGGCUCUUCUUUGACAGCAUGGCUGAUCGGGAGGGUGAACUCAAUGGCUUCAACAUCCCUCGUGUUACAGCCUGUUCGGAGGUUGCGAACUACUUGAAAAUGUCCGCUAAAGAGCUCCAGUGCCUGGACCCCAAAUCUUUGCCCCCUUGUGCUCGCCGCCUGCUCUGCGACGCCUACAUGUGCUUCUACCACAGCCCUUCCCUCAGCCUCUACAAAUAAUCUCCUUUCAGAAGAACACAAAGACUCUUUAGCCAAAGCAAUCAGGCUGUGAGUUUGGAGUCCUGUGACCCAUGCAAUGGACAAGAUAGCAAGAUGUGAGUCUUAAGCGAGAGCAACUGUGAUCAAUGACAGAGGCCUGAUGCUGUGAACAGUCUGGAGAUGCAGGAUACAGCUAUGGGAACUGCCGUGUUCUCUGCCCUGACUUACUUGGAAUAAUCCAAACUAAGAUUGGCUGCCUUGCAGUCGGAUUGGUGAGGAUUAGGGUCGCCAAGUGUGACCAGGGACAUUCCCAGACAAUUGUAGAUGGAGCCUGGAGAGGGCAGAGUUUGGAGAACGGAGGGAGCUCCGUGGGGAUGCGGUGCCGUAGAUCCGUCUUCCAAAGCUGUCGUCUCGUACGGGAGAAUUGAUUCCUGUUGUCUGGAGAUCAGUUGUAAUUCCAGGAGAAAUCCAGGUCCUACCAUGAUGUUGGUAACUUUACUUCCAUGAAGUCAGUGCUGCCUGGACUUCCCUUCUGCCUCUCCCUCUCUGUCUAUAUGAAUUGGGGAAGGCGAGGUGGGCUAAUAACCGAAGGGAAAGUACCUCCUCAGGUAAUACCCUCUAAUAUUUCACAGAUUAAAAAACAGGGACACUUGUAUAUUGAUAAUAUAGCGAUAGGUAGCCAGUUGGUCCUCCCUCUUGCUUCAGAGGUUUGCUGCAUCUUCUCAAUUUUUGUACAUAUACUGACAACUACAAUCUUCCCUCUUUUUUACAAUAACACCGAGAUUCUUAGCAUCUGCUGUUCUGUACCAGUUAACAGAUGCUGCACUUUUGAACAAAUACCUCACCUUUCUAACAAAAUCCUCUUCUGUUGCUGUUUCCGAUUGAGACAAACUGAUCCUCCCCGAGUAUUGCUUUGACCCCUUUGGAGUUUCUCUCUGUUAUUUCAACCAUGUGUUUCUCCACUGCAUCUCAGAUUUUAAUAUAUGUUUUUCCUCAAGAAAUCAGUCGGUGCUACAUGAUCCGUUGAGCAAGAAGUGGGUGGUAGUGAGAAAUGUUGCUUUCCUCUCCCCCCACCUUAUUCCUUUGGUAUUGGGGUAUUAGGUGCUCAACCCCUUUUUUUGAGAGACAAGAAAUUUCAAGGGCAGCCCCUUUUGGAGGAAAGAGCACUUACGGUGUUUUUGUAACAUGUUGCUGUUGCAGAAUGCCUCGCUGACCCAUAUUAUCAUUCCACUUGGGGUCCUCCGAGAGGUUGAGACAGUCAGUAGCUGGUGGGGUCUCUGCUGGCCUGUAUGUGUGUGUUAUGUGCCAUCAAGUCACCUCUGACCUAUGGCGGCCCUAUGAAUGAAAGACCUCCUGUCAUUGACAGCCUUGCUCAGGUCCUGCAGACUGGAGGGUGUCACUUCUUUUAUUGAGUCCAGCCAUGUCGUUUUAGGUCUUCCUCUUUUUCUAACAUUAUUGACUUUUCCAGAGAAUCUUGUCUUCUCAUAAUGUGACCAAAGUACGAGAGCUUCCGUUUUGUCAUUUUAGCUUCGAGGGAGAAUUCAGGCUUGAUUUGAUCUAGUGCCCACUUAUUUGUCUUUUUGGCUAUCCGUGGUAUCCGCAGAACUCUCCUCCAGCACCACAUUUCAAUUGAAUCAAUUUUUCUUCCUCUCAGCUUUCUUCACUGUCCAACUUUCACCUCCAUACAUAGCAAUGGGGAAUACCACAGCUUGGAUUAUCUUGAUCUUGGUCCCUAGAGAGUCAUCUUUAUCUUUAAGGAUCUUCUCUAGCUUCCUCACAGCUGCUCUUCCAAGUCUCAAUCUCCUUCUGAUUUCUUCAUUGCAGUCUCCCUAUUGGUUGAUGACUGCUGGCCUGAGCCCACCCAAAUCCCGAAGGGCUUCUUUGCUUCUUUCUGGGUAUCUAUGCUGCCACCAGCUGAUCAUUUAAAGUCUCCCGAUAAAAGGGUAGCACUCUGUCCAUGUUGCCAUUUCCAAGUUCCACCAAGUGCCUGUAUUUUCUGCUUCCUCUGAUUAUCUACUGCAGGGAUGGCUUUUUUAUUUUAUGCUAUUUAUGGUACACUUUUUCACGGAGAGUUAAAGCAGAUGACACAGUGCGAGUCAGUACAGUCAGUUCCAAAGAUGUGUUUUAAUCAACAAUGUCAUUGGGGCACAUAAAUGCAAAUUUGCAGAUUUAAAACCAGCAGGAAUCCAAUAUAAAGUUGCACAAGCAAUUCUAAGUCUGAUGUAUUAGAAACUGCCCAGUAGGAUCAUACUUCCAACAACAAAAAGUGUGUGUGUAUGUAUGGUGCCCUUAAGUCAUAGCUGACUUAUGGUGACCCCUGCUGGGUUUUCAUGGCAAGAGACUAUCAGAGGUGGUUUGCCAUUGCUUGCCUCUGCAACCUUGGAGGUCUCCCAUCCAAUUACUAACCAAGGCCGACCCUGUUUAGCUUCUGAGAUCUGACGAAAUCAGGUUCACCUGGGCUAUCCAAAGUACACAGCAAUAAAAUACACAGCA